AUGAAGAGAUUUUACCCUUCAGUAUCUUCCAAGUUGCCACAACCAAGUUCAUCCUCUCCAAUUGCUACUCCCGUGGAACAAAAUUUGAACCAAUUAGAAGAGCAACCUCAAUCCUCUAAAAGACAAAGACAAGGAAUAAAUCUUGAUUCUUUACCGACUGAUCCAAAAGAGAGAAUACCCAUUAGAGAUUAUCAUCCAAAUGAGCGUGAUGAGAUUAGAAGAGAAUAUCUCCGAAGAGGUCCUUGCCAACCCCGACAUCAUAAGUUUCCUCAAAGAGAUUUUUCGGGCUUAAAGCGUCGUUUCAAUCCUAAAUGGUUUGAUGAAUAUCGUAAUUGGUUGGAGUACAGUGUGAUAGAAGAUGCAGCUUAUUGUUUGUGUUGUUACCUGUUUCAAGAUGAAGACAUUCAUCAAGCUGGAGGCGAUGUAUUUUCAAGUUUAGGAUUUAAGAGUUGGAAAAAAAGAUUUGAUAUGCAUGUUGGCAAGUCGAGCAGUAUUCAUAAUCAUGCAAAAAGGAAAUGUGAAGAUCUAUUAAAACAAAAGCAGUCAAUUCAAACUUCAUUUGAUAGGCAAUCCAGUCAAACCAAGCUUGAAUACAAAAUUCGCUUAAAGGCUUCAAUUGAGGUUGUGAGACUCUUGUUGAAUCAAGGAUUGGCAUUUCGUAGACAUCAUGAAGAUGAAUCAUCACUAAACAAGGGCAACUUUCUUGAGAUUCUUUCAUGGUAUGUAGGGAGGUGCGAUAAAAUCCGUGAUCUUGUGUUGAAAAAGGCUCCAAAGAAUGAUCAGUUGACCUCCCAUAAAAUUCAAAAAGACAUUAUUAUUGCAUAUAAAAUUGAAACAGUUAAAGCAAUUAUGGAUGAUCUAAAUGGAGACUUUUCUGCAUUGCUAGUUGAUGAAUCAUGUGAUGUAUCACGCAAAGAGCAAUUAGCUAUUGUCUUGUGA